AUUCCAGGAUCCUCAAAUUCUGAGAGCCUCGGCAUCCCCAGCACCGGGAUUUCGGGGAUCUCCCAGCMCCGGGAAUCCCGGGAUUGCAGCGAUCCCAGGAGUGUCGGGAUUCCUGAGCCCCGGGAGCCCCGAAUUCCCGGGAACACCGGGAGGCAGCGCCGGGAUCGCUCAGCCCCGGCUGCCGCAGACCCUCCGAUCCUGGGAUGGCGCCCCAAAUCCCAGGACGGCGCCCCAAAUCCCAGGAGGGAGCCCCAAAUCCCAGGAGGGAGCCCCAUUCCCGGCAGCCCCGACAAUCCCGGGAGCAGCGGGACCCCCGAAUGCCGGGAUCCCAAAUCCCCGGAAUCCCCGAAUCCCGGGAGACGGAGGAUCCCCGUGAUCCACAUCCCCGACCUUCCCGGGAAGACCGCGAUCCCCAAAAUCCGCAGUCCCGGAGCCCCGAAAUCCUCACCCCCGGCAUUCCCGGGAUCUCGCAGCUCCCGGAGUCCCGGGAACACCGAGAUCCUCCAGCUCCGGGGGUCCCGGGGGUCCCGGGAAAAGCAGGAACCACCUCGGCGGGAGCUCGGGACUCCCGGGAUCUCCCAUCCCCGCAAUCCCGAGCCCCGGGAGUCCCGGGACGCCCCCAAAUCCCGGGAUUGUGCCCCACGCGUGUCCCGUGUCCCGGGGGCUCCGUGGCGGGCGCUGCUGGCGCUGCUGGGGCUGUGGCCGGGGCUGUGGCCGGGCCCGGGGCUGGCGCUCGCCCCCCGCCCGCGCCCCCCGCCCACGGACACGCGUGGGGACCUGGACAGCGUCAUCAACCUCGCCAAAGCUCUGCUCGGUGACACCAAGGCCUUCCUCGAGCUCCUCAAGUCGCGAUUCCCGGCCGAGGGGGAGCACAAGUUGGACUCGCUGCCCGUGCUG